GUGCGUACACACGCUGUCAUGUGAUCUCUCGGUGACGUCACCGCGACGUAGGACUGGGUCGCCGCGCGUAGUACAGUUUGAAGUUUCAGGAGUUUGAAGUCGAAAAGUCCUCCGGGGGUGGGGGUUCGGGGCAACCAUAAAAAAUGAAAGAGGCGAUAAGAGCUACCGUGCUGGCCGGUUGAGUGCGUUGGAGGAGAGUUCGGGCUUGGCCGCGGUGAGGGAGAACACGAGCCGUCGACACUAACCAAGCCUCACCGUUGCUGCUCUACUGCUACAAGUAACGUGCAUCAAUGUCGUGGUUUGAGGGUUGUAGGGAGUCUCUUCCUGUGGUCCACCACGUGGUCAGGCGACGUUACUCAGGCCCGUUGCUGCUUCCGCCACUGCGGAGGAGACAUUCGUGUCAAGAUCACCAUUCUGACACCCGUCGGGUCUCUGCCGCGCAUGGUCUACCGUUGCAUCGCCUGGAGGCUCUCUACUGUCGCGCGUUGGCCAGUCACGAUGAGCACCGUUUUGAUGUGGAGAAUGGCCUGUCCGUCGGUCGCAGUCCUCUGGACACCCAGACCAGCCCGGGGUCUGGUCUGGUCCUCCAUUCCAAUGUCCCUCACAGUCAGCGCCGUGAGUCCUUCCUCUACCGCUCCGACUCUGAUUAUGACCUCUCUCCCAAAACCAUGUCACGCAACUCAUCAACAGCCAGCGACUUGCAUGGAGAAGACAUGAUAGUUACCCCUUUUGCACAGAUUCUUGCCAGUCUCCGAACAGUGAGAAGCAACUUUGCCAUUCUCACACAUUUGCAAGAUCGUGCAGGAAACAAGUGGCCAUCAAGCAGUAAUCAGCCCCCCUUGUGUAAGCCAUGUCACGCAGAGGAGCCUUAUCAGAAACUUGCAGUGGAGACUCUGGAGGAGCUGGACUGGUGUCUCGACCAGCUAGAGACGCUCCAAACCAGACACUCCGUCAGUGAGAUGGCAUCUAAUAAGUUUAAGAGGAUGCUAAACCGAGAACUGACUCAACUAUCGGAAACCAGUCGCUCAGGAAAUCAGGUGUCAGAGUUCAUCGCCAAUACCUUCCUUGAGAAACAACACGAUGUGGAAAUCUUGUCUCCACCGCCUAAGGAGAAGGAGAAGAAGAAGAGGCCCAUGUCACAGAUCAGUGGUGUGAAAAAGGUCACGCAGAGCCCCAGCCUCGUAUCAAGCUGCAUCCCUCGUUUUGGAGUCAACACCCCACAAGAGAAUCUGCUGGCUCGCGAGAUUGAGGACCUUAACCGUUGGGGUCUGGAUGUAUUCAAGAUAGCAGAACACUCUGGAAACAGGCCAUUGACGGUCAUCAUGUUCUCCAUCUUCCAGGAGCGAGACCUUUUAAAAACUUUUAGGAUCCCGGUUAACACCUUCAUCACCUUCAUGAUGACCUUAGAGGACCAUUACCGUGGUGAUGUCGCUUAUCACAACAACAUCCACGCAGCCGAUGUUGUGCAAUCCACACACGUGCUCCUGUCUACUCCUGCCCUUGAGGCCGUAUUCACAGAUUUAGAGAUCAUGGCUGUUUUAUUUGCCAGUGCCAUUCACGAUGUUGACCACCCGGGCGUCACGAACCAAUUCCUAAUAAACACAAGUUCUGAGUUGGCAUUAAUGUACAACGAUGCCUCGGUGCUGGAGAACCAUCACCUCGCUGUUGGCUUCAAACUGCUCCAGGAGGACAACUGUGACAUCUUCCAAAACCUCAGCAAGAAACAACGCGAUUCCCUCCGCAAGAUGGUGAUAGACAUGGUGCUAGCCACAGAUAUGUCCAAACAUAUGAACUUCUUGGCAGACAUGAAGACAAUGGUGGAAACCAAGAAAGUGACCAGUUUAGGAGUUCUGCUGCUUGACAACUAUUCGGACCGAAUCCAGGUUCUUCAGAACAUGGUUCAUUGCGCCGAUCUGAGCAACCCGACCAAGCCUCUGGAGCUUUACCGUCAGUGGACGGACCGCAUUAUGGUGGAAUUCUUUACGCAGGGAGACAGGGAACGCGAUAAGGGCAUGGAGAUCAGUCCCAUGUGUGACAAACACAAUGCCUCCAUUGAAAAGAGCCAGGUGGGCUUCAUCGACUACAUUGUUCACCCUCUGUGGGAGACAUGGGCGGACCUGGUGCACCCUGAUGCUCAGGACAUCCUGGACACCCUGGAGGACAACAGAGAGUGGUACCAGAGCAUGAUCCCACGCAGCCCCUCGCCUCCUAGUCCCGACGAGUCCCACGAUGAGCUCAGACCGGGAGGAAGUCCGGAAGGGCCAAACCCUUCAACUGGGGUUGGUGGGGACAAGUUCCAGUUUGAACUGACGCUGGAGGAAGAGGAAGAGGAGGAGGAGGACGAGGAGGAAUUGGAUUCCGACUUAGAGAGUCCACUCGAGGAUGACCCCCAGUUGGGGAUGGAGCGGCACCAGGACUCGUCCUCCCCCUCGAUAUCCCCGGACCCGCGCAGGAGGUACCGCCCACCUUCACCUCAUCUGUCACGGCCCACCAGUCUGACGCUGCAGAGCCCCCACCCUCACAGGACGACAACCUCGAUGAGCCAGGAGGGAGUGAAAAGUCAAGAUGACGGCACCCCCUGCCUGCACGAAAGCACAUAACAACCAGCACAAC